CAUCUUUGUUUCUUGCGGACGAGUUUUGUAUCAAAUUUUUGCGUUUUUAUACCGCCGAGACUCUGUUUUUUAGUACUAAAGUAGGUUCGAUAGGUAUCUUUCAACAACGGAAAGCGUUAGUAGAAUCGAACUUUGAAAGCGUGAAAAAGUAGUAAAGUGUAAAAUAGUACCGCAGAAAAGUUGAAAUUUCCUGUGAGUGUGUUAAAGCAGAAAGUAUAGUUGGAUUGAUUGCCGGAGUGUGUGAGAGACACGAAAGGGCGAGGGGUGGAAAUUUUUCGCAGUUUUCUGCUUUGAACAAGCUUCUACGUAUGUGUCAGUGUACGUAAGCUAUCAAAAGGAGAAUAGAAGGAGCAAACAUCAACAAAAGUAGCCAAGUGUAGAGAGAAAGAGCUAGAAUCAACAAAGGGAAGCGCAGGGAGUGCAGCAGCUGCCGUUUCAAAUUCGGACGGAGCUGAAAACGAGCUGGGCUGAAAUGUCCUCUCAUCAGGAUAUAAUGUGCGAGGUGGAAAUAUCUGAUUCCAACAUAGUUGAGGUUGUCGAUGACGGACACUUUGGGACGGAAAUUGGCUAUGAACAAUAUGAAGUAGGUGUCGGAGAUGACCAGUACGAAGAGGUUACUUGUGAGACCGAAGACUCCCAAGGUUUGAUGAUGCAUCAUAUGGACGACGAUGAGGAGAUCCUUCAUCAGGAGGCAGACAUUCAAGCACAUGAAGAAGUAUUGGAUUCAUCCGGAGAUCCAAUGUGUGUUUAUGGAGAUAUUAAUCUAGAAAAUGAAAUAUACAUUGAGUCCACUCCGGGACCAAGCUCCAGAAAACGGAAAUCGGGAAUGAAACAACCUCGUAUUGUGAACCGUAUCCGUACAAACGACAUUCAUAAUUUGACUGCCGUCGAAACAUUAGAUGUCAACCAAAAACCCAGACGUUGGGAGCAAAAGCAAGUACAAAUCAAAACGAUGGAGGGGGAAUUCAGUGUUACAAUGUGGGCCUCUGGGACAGACGAUGAUGAUGGCUCGAAUCCUGAACCUGAUCCUGACUAUACUGAAUACAUGACAGGCAAAAAAAUUACUCAAGAUUGUGUGCCUGGUAUCGAUCUAUCGGAUCCCAAGCAACUAGCAGAGUUUGCCAGACCUGGUCACAAAACCAAACUUAAUAAAUUGUCCAAUAUGUCAACUGCAGUAGGAAUGUCCUCUAAAAUUGGUGCCACUGGAGGAGAAUCAUCGGACAGAAAUAUCGCUUGUCCGCAUAAAGGAUGCAACAAAAUGUUCCGAGAUAACUCCGCAAUGCGAAAACAUUUGCACACUCAUGGGCCCCGAGUUCACGUCUGUGCGGAAUGUGGAAAGUCUUUCGUCGAAAGCUCGAAACUGAAACGUCACCAGCUAGUUCACACUGGCGAAAAACCAUUCCAGUGUACAUUCGAAGGCUGCGGAAAGCGCUUUUCUCUGGAUUUCAAUCUUCGAACUCAUGUAAGGAUACACACCGGCGAUCGACCUUAUGUUUGUCCCUUUGAUGGUUGCAAUAAAAAGUUCGCUCAAUCCACUAAUCUCAAGUCGCACAUCCUGACGCAUGCCAAGGCCAAACGGAAUAACAGCGGCGGUGGCGGUGGUGGAAGUCGAAACAAUAACAUCAUGGCAUCUCAUUCUAUUCUUCCGUCGCAGUCCUUCGUUAAGAUGGAAACCGUCGAGAUCGAUAAUGACUCGCAGUACAUUGUUUAUACCGAUUAGGCUUAGUUCGAGUUCAACGGACUUUACAGAAUACAUCUCAGGAGGAGAACGCUAACGAGUGACCGGAAUCGGUGUCUGAGUGCGUGUGCGUGACCAUCAAUUUGUACAUUCAAAGAUAAUCCCCAUGGAUUUAACAUGUCUGCACUUUUUUUACGUUUUACAAUGGUAAAAUAGCGCAACGUAAACUAACUAGUACUAUCAACCGGGAAAAGUUUUGCACAGUUCGAAUCUGGAAUUACGAUUGACCGCAAAAUGACUUUCCUUUAAUUUUAUUUCUCAUUCACUGUAAAUAGCCCCAAAAAGUCAUCUUCAAUCAAAGUUGGUUGUAUUUUAAAAUAGUUUUCUUUUUAGUUUUUCUUCAUUUUCUAUGGUCUCCCAACUAAUAUUGAUUUAACGAUAGCGGUAAAUUAGCGAUUAAUUGUCUUUAUUUACAUAUAUUGACAUCGAUUGAUAGAAGUUCUGGCUAGUUGAGAAAACAAAGAAUUAAGAGCAAACAAGAAAUAAAUAUCUGUCUAUUAUAUUUUUAAAAUAAUACGAAAAAGGAAAACAAAAACAACUUAGUAAUGUAUAAUAAACUUUUGCGAUUUGAAGAUUGAGUUGAAAUUUGAACAGUAUGUGAGACUACGUCCAGAGCAAAGAGCAGAACACAUUCAUGGAAAUAAAAGUGAAUUGCAAGUGUAACAGACAGGUGCAAUUUGUAUCAUUUUUGUUUUCUCAUGUCUUGACAAUGCUAGAAAAUAGGCAUGCAUUUUGCUAUUUACAAUUGUCUGCAGAGGAAAGAGGACACGCGAACUGAAUGCCAUUUCUCUUGGAGGUUGUUCGCUUAUGCACUUAUUCGGUGACUGUGUACUCAGGCGUUGUGUAAGAGCUAACAAUGAAGUGAUAGGGAAAUAUUGUAGAAUUUGGGUGAUUGCAGCUUGAGUAAAUUUGCUGCAAGAAAUAAAGAAAAGUAACAAAAGUGCGUGAGCGCGAAUGUCGUGAUUAUUAGUCGGUAAGGAAAUAACUUACUCCUAUAAUUAAGGUGGUUUAUUUUUUAACAAAAUAAAUAAUAAGAAGUAACAAUAUCUGCAGAAUUACAAUUGAUUUUUGAUUAAUUGUAAACCCCAAAAGAAACUGAUUAAAGUUAUGUAAAACCGAUUAAUUUAAAAAAAUAGCGGUAUGAAAUAAACAAUCCUUACACAAGUGUA